AUUGAACUUUGCCCUUUCCAAUGCUGCAUUUUUUUUCUCUCUCUAAUCUCAUCAUCUCUCUCUAAUCUCAUCAAGGAAUUAAGAGAGAGAUCCUUUGGGUUAUGAUUUUUAUUUCCGAUGAAUAUUGCAGGAGAUAUUGAUAAUGAGUUGAUUUAUGGUGAUAAGAAGAAGAGGAUGGUGGUGGUGGGUGGAGGCAUCACGGGAGCUUACACCGCAAAAGCCCUGGAAGAGCAAUGCCUCUAUACGGAGGUUACACUCAUCGAUCAGAAAGGAUAUGUUGAGAUGCCAUGGACAAGGCGAAGAUGCAUGGUGGAACCAGGUUUUGCAGAGAUGUGCAUACUGUUGCAUGAGGAGUAUUUGAAAUCCACCAAGAUAGUUAUUGGAACGGCCGCGAGUGUUACAGAUGGAGAAGUCAUUCUCGAGAACCGGGAGUCCGUUAGCUACGAUUAUCUGGUUAUAGCCACUGGUAGCACCUUUGAGGGCCCAACAACAAGAGAAGGAAGGAUUCAACAGUACGAAGCUGAUUGCAAGACGAUUAGAAACGCCGGGACGAUUCUGAUAAUCGGGGGAGGGCCAGCAGGCUUGGAGCUGGCUGGUGAGUUAUCAGUGGAUUUCCCACAGAAGAACUUAAUCAUUGUCCAUGGGGGGGUGAGGCUGAUUGACUUCUUGGGCCUCAAGGCCUCGAAAAAGGCUUUGGAGUGGCUGAACAAGAGGGGGGUAAAUGUAUACUUUGAGGAAAGGAUAACAGAGGAUGGCCUCCCAGGACCAGAGGAUGAGGGUGAUGGGUUAUACACCAUGUCUAGCGGGAAGACAGUCACCGCGGAUUGCCAUUUCUUGUGCACAGGAAAGAAGAUCAAUUCGUCCUGGCUAAAAGGAACGGCCUUCGAAGACUCUUUGGAUGAGAGAGGGUUCCUCAAGGUUGAUAGAUCUCUGAUGCUUGAAGGCCAUCCUAAUGUCUUUGCAGUUGGUUAUAUAACAAACAUGAAGGAAAUGAGGCAGGGGUUGCUAGCACAAAAGCAUGCUGAGGUGGUGGCAGAAAACAUAAGGAAGCUUUCAAAGGGCAGCAACAAGAUCAUCACUUAUAAACCUGGCCCCCCAAUAGGCAUGGUCUCACUAGGUCGGAGCCUUGCGAUUGCGCAAAUGCCAUGGGGCACCAUGCUUGGCCGCCUCCCUGGCAUGCUCAAGUCCAAGGACUUGUAUGUGGGCAAGACUAGAAAGGCACUUGGCUUCAAAUCUUAAAUCCCAAAAUAAAUACUUUUCUUAUUCUUCAUUACUGCUGUUAUUACUCUGCACAUUUUUACCACCCUAACCAUUGCUAUGUCUCACUUAUCAUAGGCAUUGCAUGGCGUGUGCCAUUAAUGGGGAGUGUAAGUUCCUGUACACACCACAGUAAGAAAUGUAUCUCUCUCUCACACAAUGAUUACAAGGAAUAGUUAUCAGUGGAACAUGUACACAUAAUAGAGAAAAAUAUGCACUAA